UCUUUUGAUCUGGCCAAAUUAAUAAACUUGGUUCUGUUUCCAGGCUAAAGAGGAAAUGAUGGACAACAGAAGCUACUCCAAUCUGCCACACAAACUGCCUGUCUUCACUGAUUCCACCCACUUGCCACUGACCAGGUCCAUCUAUCUGGACCCCAUGAUCAUGUUCCACCUGUACCCUGAGGGCCCGGUGCCAUCUCCUUACUCUGAAGACCUGUCAUUGCUGCCUUUUUCCAGUGACUCUCUGAUCAUGGAAGAUUAUGGGGAACCCUGUGCCUUCUCCUUCCCAAUGCCUUAUCCAAAUUACAGAAGGUGUGAAUACUCCUACAGGCCAGCCUUUAUCCAGAAAAGGAAUGAGCGGGAAAGGCAGCGGGUGAAAUGUGUCAAUGAAGGCUAUGCCCAGCUCCGACAUCAUCUGCCAGAGCAGUACUUGGAGAAACGACUCAGCAAAGUGGAAACCCUCAGAGCCGCGAUCAAGUACAUUAAUUACCUGCAGUCCCUUCUGUACCCUGAUGAGGCUGAGGCCAAGAAUAACCCCAGGAAAGUUUCCUCCAUAAUGGCAACCACCAGCCGCCACACUGACCCCAUUUUUAGAAUCAUUUGAUUCCGUGUUUCUAAAUAGAAACAAAUAAUUUCACAAAAUGUGGUUCCUUACAUCAUUUGAUAGUUUUCCUAAUGGAGUUUCUGGGUGAGCAGAUAAUAGUUCAAAUGCUAAGCUGUG